GCCAUCGUUGGCUAGACAAUCUUCAGAAAAAUCAAUUUUUCUGUUUGGAUUAUAAAAACGAUGACAUACGAAAAGAGGAUCCCCUAUCUAUAGUAAACGGGGACAGCAUGCCGAGCUCUUAUUUGUUUGCCGCCAGCAGCGAAGGACGUGUCUACACGCUGUCCACCAGCUCGGGAGCCUGGCGUGAACUUCCCUACCUGGGAUUGGAGUUCAAGAAGAUUUGCGCUGUCCCUAAUUUCUUGUGGGCCAUCGGCGGUGACCGUCAGGUAUACGUCCACGUUCACGGACUGGACGUUCCAAUACGAAUACGGGAGGAGUCGUACGAAAAUGAGCGCUGGCUUCCCAUCGAGGGAUUCUCGAAGACGCUGCUGCCUACGGACAGGUACAGAUACUCCUCCGCCGAUGGCAGUGUGGAGCGCGGUGUUGAUAAAAUACGGCUGCCUUCGAUGGCUUGGCAGUGGGACGGUGACUGGCAUCUGGACCUGGAGCUUGAUGGGCAGCAACUUCCCGAGGAUGGCUGGAUGUAUGCACUGGACUUUCCUGCUACGUAUUCGGCAAAAAAAUCCUGGAACUCCUAUGUGCGACGACGUAAGUGGGUUAGGUAUCGCAGGUAUGCCGCUUUAAAUAGCUGGUGUGCCGUGGCUCCACUACACAAGGAUCCCACUCAGGAACCAUUCAUCGACGUAGCAAUUGGCGGCACCUGUGUGCCCAACGCCCCUGCUGGCACAUUGUGUGUCUGGGCUAUCACAGCCCACGGAAGGGCAAUGUUCCGUACGGGGGUGUCGAAAACAGCACCCGAGGGACUCCGAUGGACGGCCGUGCCCACACCAACUGGCAGUGAACUAUCGCAGAUCAGCGUGGGACCCACGGGAUUAGUAUGGGCCGUGCUUUAUAACGGACGUGUUAUUGUCCGUACUGGUGUAACUCGAGAUAAUCUAGUCGGAGAUGCGUGGCUUGAUGUCAAGACCCCUGUAGCCGCAUCUAGCCUGCGCAUCGUUCAUGUUUCCGUGGGAACCGAUGCAGUUUGGUGUGUGACCAACGAUCAUCAUGCCUGGUUUAGAAGAGGCGUUAAGGGCGAAGCAGCGGGCAUCAGCGAAGACUCGGCUAUUGGAAAAGGCUGGGUGGAAAUGGUAGGCAACAUUUCUAUGGUCUCUGUGGCGGCUAACGACCAGGUCUUUGCCGUUGGAGCUGCUGAUCGCUGUUUGUACCACCGCUCUGGAGUGACUUCUGCCGAUCCUACGGGCAAAAAGUGGCGUUUGAUUCAGUGUCCAAUGCAAAUCAGUCGCACUUCCAGCUCUCUAUCUAUUGUGUCCCGCAAAAGUGGAGGAAGUAGUUCAACCCCAGGCUCAAAACAUCAAAGUUUCUCCAAUUUGUAUUCAAAGGAGAAGGAAAAAGGCGUCGUGGAGACGUGUGCCGUUAUAGAAACCGUUCUUAACAGCUCUACUGGCUCUUGCUCUAGCAAUGGAGGUCCACCUGGUCUUCUCAAGAAUGAACGUUGGAAACUCAGUGCCGAUUCACCUCCGACUAUAGGAAGUCUGAACCUAAACGAUCGCCAUAAGCAGCGAACUGCGGCCCUACGCGAAACUUCGCAUGCCUCCAGUGCCCCCGCGGCAGAUGUACUGGAAAUUUCCGGAAAGUUUGAAACACAGUUAAGGAAUCCUAGGGCUUGGUCGCCUGUGCGAAGCGUUGGAUCCGUUGUAGGUACCGAAGCCCAUCCGGAAAGCGAUUCAACUGUUUUCGAAUCGGACUCUACACACCACGGAUCGGAUGUGUUUUUAGGUGAGGAUGAUGACCACACCGGCUCUCAGUUCUGGACAGAGUGUGGCAUACUAUGGAGCUGUGUCGCUCCGGGUGCAGUGACCGUAGAUGCUGGUAACAUGCCCAAUUGGUUCAACGAACAGUCGACCGGCGACAGUAAAGUGGAUGUGAAUGCGAAUUGGCGCAAGGAUAUUCUAAGCAAGCUACAGAGACGGCAGGAAAGGCUCGCCAAGCUGCAGACUAUGGCCAAGUUUGAGAAGGCAGUGGAGCUUUCAUCGUGGGUAAAAUCGGCGGAUGCUCGGUACCAGCGACCUGGAGGCGAAUUUGAGGAUUGCAUCAUCGAACUGGAGUGGGUGAGCAGCGGUACAGGAACGAGUAGUAGCGAGUCCUCUCGAUCCGGAGACUCUGGCACUUUUACAGUGCUAAGUCCGGAUGGAGCUGCUACUAAAAUUCAGUUCCCACUAUCAGAUAUCACUUGUGUGCAAUGCUGCAGUGAAGCAGGAGCACCCCGGAUCGCCAUCCAUGCACCUCAUUUGCCAGUGAACUGCUCUCCGGUAAAGCUACAAUUCUCCAGCGAUUCGGAGAUGGAAGAUUGGCUGUCCCACCUGUCGUCAGUGUGCAGUCAAAUCAACACACUGGUGGGUAAACCAGCUAGCAAUGCUAUCUGGCUGACUAGCGAUCUGGGCGAUGUGUUUGUCUUCGACGCCGCUAAUAUGAAAGCACAGCAGGAAACCGAAUCGGGCGAGGGAUACGUAGAGAAGAUGGAUGUUUCCACAUGCGAAACUCCUUACUACAAUACUCUUUACAAUGGAAUGCCAUGUGGCACUGAACUAGAGAUAUCCGGCUGUGUUUACGAUGACGCUGAUCAGAUUCGAUUUGACUUGCAAUCGCAUUCCACAGUCAAAGUGCAGCCGCAUCGUGUGGAAAAGCAUCGAGUCAUUGCUUUACAUCUAAAUCCUCGUUUCAACGAACGCACAACAGUGCUGAACUCGAUGAAGGAGUCCGAAUGGCUAGACGAGAUUCGCAACGAUAAAAUGGCAUUCGCUCCGGGGGCUUCUUUUACUUUAAAAUUAAAGGCUCUCAAAGAUCACUAUUUAAUGAUCGUGAAUAACGCUGUUUACACAGACUACAAAUACCGCAUAGAUCCGGAGAGUGUGACUCGGCUUUAUGUCAGUGGUCGCAUUAAGCUCUUCAAUGUGUUAUAUAGAUGCCCCUCACUAAUUGUUUCCAUGGAGCGAAUGCAUUGGCGUCAAAUGGGAGGUCAUGUUAAGAGGAUAUUCAACAGUGGCGUGGAUGUGGUGUGGGGCAUUUCAUGUGACAACACCGGGUGGGUAUACAACGGUGGCUGGGGCGGUAUGUUCCUAAAGGGCUUAGAAGGCUCCGGCAAGAUCAACCCAAUGAUUGAUACGCACACGUAUUACGUGUACGAAAACCAACGAUGGAAUCCAAUCAGUGGAUUCACCGCUAAAAGUUUACCCACGGAUAGGCACAUGUGGAGUGAUGCCACUGGGCGGCAGAAGCGCAGCAAGGAGCACACAAAGCUGCUGUCCACGCACUGUGAAUGGAUCUCAGAUUGGGCCAUAGACUAUAAUAUUCCUGGUGGCGCGGACAAGGAGGGCUGGCAAUAUGCCAUUGACUUUCCUGCCAAUUACCAUGCUCACAAGAAGCUCACGGACUGUGUUCGGAGGCGCAGAUGGAUGAAGCGAUGUCGCCUUAGCAGCAGUGGACCCUGGCAGGAACUAAGCCAGUCAAAGAUUCUCGAUGCCGCACUUCAGGUAUUGGAUGACGAUGUGACGGAUAGUAGUUCUGUUGAGGGUAACACAGCAGUUGCGGCAUGGGCCGUUGCUUCGAAUGGCGAUGUCCUAAUCCGGCACGGUGUAUGCAGCCUGAAUCCUCGUGGCGAUGCAUGGGAACACAUCACCAGCGACCAGCCGCUCGUCGGUAUCAGUGUAGGUCCUACCGGUCAGGUGUGGACUGUAGCUCGGAACGGCAUGGUGUUCUUCCGUUAUGGAAUCAACAGGCAAAAUCCCUGUGGUGAUGCCUGGCAACAGGUGGAGGCUCCAACGGGCGUUACUUUUAAGGCGAUAAGCGUGGGUCGCGCAGGAAUAUGGGCGCUGGAUAACCAGCAUCGUUUGGCUGUGCGAAAGGAGAUCUCACGGACAUUUCCCGAAGGCUCACACUGGCAGUUUCUGCCCAAUGCCGCCAAUGUUCCACCGCACACAGAGCUACAUUGUGGCUUCCGGUCAGUGUCCGUGGGAUCCGAGGUUUGGGCGAUUUCCCUUAAUGGCAUCAUCUGCAGGCGCUGUGGGAUUACAAAGGAAAAUCCUGCUGGCGUUGGAUGGAACCUUGGCAUUGCGGGUCAAUGGCAAAAUGUCUCAGUCGAAGGAUAUAUGUAACGGUUUUGAUAUCCAAGUUUGGUCAUUCCUAUAUACUUACGGACUUUCCGGUUUGUUGUAUUUAUUCAUAUUUAUAAGCUUAAAAGCCAAUGCUAUUUCCAAAGUAUUCAAAGUCAAAUUUUUUAUAACCUAUUUAAAUGUAUUAUGUACUUUUACUUUAGCGUAUAUUUAUUUAUACAAACAAUUAUGCUUAAGAUAAUUUAUUUGACCAUAUUUAUGUGUAUAAUGUUUUGUUUAGGUUAACAAAACAAGCAGUCGUGAUCUUUUUUCUUUUUUGAAAGCUUAGUAUACGUAUUAAACCUGAAAAAUAAAGUAUUUAUGUGAAAAAAA